AUGUCAGGUAGCUACCCGGUAGCUACUUGCAUCGACCUCCGACCCGGGUACCAUAGAGAUAGUACCCGGUCGCAUACAAACGACCACCGAUUACCAUACGCCGAUUGACUUUUUCAAAAGUUGCUACCCCACCCAACUUUGUGGACUAUAUCGCAGCGAGAGUAACGCUAUACCGCAGGGGAGCCGCGAGCGAUAUCGCUCGCCUCGCGCUGCGAUCUCGCAAACGUCUUGCGCUAUAUCGCUCUCUGAUGCCGUGUUCAAAGUGAUUCCGCGAAAUUCAAAAUAGCCGUCAGAGAAAGAGAAAGAUAACUAAAUUUUGGAGGGUCAGAGACCAUUUUGCAUUUUGCGGAAAUUACUUUGAAAACGGCAUGAAAAAUUUUUCUUCAAAAAUUUUUUUUUCUUGAAUUUGAUUGAUUUCAUCAUAAAAGUCAAAAAUAAAGCAAAAAAAAUGUUUUUCAAAUUUCAAAUUUUUGAGAGGGAGCGAUAUGGCAGCGAGACUUUGACGAGGUCGCAGCGACAUGUUGACGAGAUCGCAGCGAGAAGCCUUGGCUAUAUCGCGUGCGGCCCGCUGCGAUAUCGGCAUUUAUUUUGGGUGCCGGUAGCUAUUUGUAUCGACUUCUCGAUUCACCUUUGUCUUUUUUAGUUGAUCGAAAUAAAUGUAUUCAAAAUAAUAACAGCAGUGUGGAUUCAUAUAAGUGCACUUGUGAUAAAGUGCUUGGAAAAAAACUCAGAGAAAAACCUAUUCUCACAGUACAUAAUACGAUUAUAUUCGAAAUAAACUGAUAAAAAAUAUAACUAGGUAAAAUAAUAGUGAAAAAAAUGAUUUUUUUCAAACUUCCAAGCGAUGGAGCGCGAGUGCUUCAUUUUAUUUAUUUUUUUCUCGCAAUUUUUUUCGUUUCUCAGUUUUUUUUUAAUUUUUUUCCUUUCUUCUUGCUAGAACAUACUAUGUGGGAGCUCAUCGUCUAGUGAACUCACUCAAAAUUUGAGAAUUCUUACAAACUUCUUACUCCUAUGAGUUCUCAAAAUUUUAUUGUCGUUUUUUUAGACUUGAUUCUAUUUUCAUUUCCGUUUCUCAAAAACUUCUUGCUUCUUAAAGUUUCAAUGGUUUAUAAGUUGUUGUAUCGAAAAGGUUUGAUCUUGAAAAUCUUCAUUUAGUGAUUUUCAGAGUUAAACAGGAUGAAAAAUGCACAGAGUGAAAAGGAUGAAGCUCUGGAAAAAAUGGAAUUCGUUUUUUUAGACUUCUUAAGUCAACUGGCAUCACGAAAAAAAGUAAUAAUUUUGAAAAAGGCUGGUUUUUUUACAAAUAUACCUUUCUUUUUAUAGUAGUGGUGACGAAGAAAAGAAGCAGUUAGUCUACCGCUCGAACAUGCAGAAAAAGCUAGCUUGUGAUAUAGUCUGUCUCAACCAAGUGUACCGGCUCGUUUGCCGGAACCAGCAAUCUACCAAACGGUUGGCUGAAUUUUUAGAGCUUAGUUUUUUUUUCUUAAGAGACUUGUACUAUGAACAAAAGAUGCUUUACGAAAAGCAGUCGAGCCUGGAUCGUUCAGUGACGAGUAUUUGUGACUUGCUCGACUUCACGCGAAUCCAUCUCAAUGUGGUUUAUCCACCAUAUUGUUCGAUUUUUUCGAUAUCCGGUUUAGGUCUCAUGCAGCAAGGGGAUUUUACAAGGAGCUGUCAGUUUUUUGUCGGUCGAAAAGUCGGGGAUCAUCAACGCUCGUUUAGAGCCGGUUUUGAUCACAGGCAUACACAUAUUAUUGAAAGAUGCUCUUAUUAUGGUAUUUUAGAAAAUCUGAUAGACUAUAGAAUAAUCAACGACGCAGAGUUCAUUCUUGUUAUUGAAAAAGAAGCUACUUUUCAAAAAAUCAUAGAUGAAGGAUUUUUCUCCUAUUUUCCGAACAGCCUACUUGUCACGGUAGUUUUCAUUGACUAAAUCCGAGUUUGGUGUUCAGGGUAAAGGAUAUCCGGACAUUUGUACUCGAAAAGUUCUCCGUCAUCUGGUUGAAAGGAUAGGGAUUCCCAUUUUCGGUUUCUUUGAUGCUGAUCCUCACGGUGAUAUUUUUCUCAUUAAUUUUUGAAAGUUCUUUUUAGGUAUCCAGAUCUAUAUUACUUACAAGUAUGGCUCUUAUCAUGAAAAAUGUGAAGGACGCGAGGCCUUCAUUAGCUCUAUGAAAUGGAUCGGGUUGACUAGAUUCUCGUUUUGAGACUCACUUUUUUCCAGACUUUUCCCAUCAGACGCGACUUUUUGCCCUAUUUCCGACAACCAAUACAUUCCACUUCAAAACAGUGACUUCGUCAAAAUCCGAAAACUGACAAGACGUGUGAAAAAUCUCGAUGAACCUCAAGUUAUUCAAGAGGUUAGACGUUUAUUCAUCGAUUAUUGAUUCUCUUAAUUCGAAAACUUUUUUAAGCUGGAAAAACUUCGGCAGAUGCGCUUCAAGCUUGAAAUGGAAGCGGUAUCGAGGAUCGGUAAGAAAUUCAUCAUACAAGAGCAGCUGGCGCCUCGUAUAAGAGAAAAUAUAUCGAAAAAAAUAAUCUCUCUGUAAAUUUCUCGACACGCUUUUUGGUUCAACGGCCGUAUAAAGCUUUAAAUACUUUAUUAAAACAUGAGUAGGAACAAUAAGAACCGUAGUUUCUCGAGAAGUAAAUGCUGAAGUCAGCAAAAAAAUCACAACUUUGUAUCAUUAAAAAAUAAAUAAAAACUCAUAAUACAAGUAUUCAACGAGCACUUGUUGCAUUGAACAACUCGUUUCAGAUCAACGAGAAGAUGGAGGACGAAUAA